UCCAUUUCAGUCCGCCGUGCUCCUCCAUCGCCUCCUCGUCCUCUCCGAGCUCCUCGCGCCGUUUACCGGCGAACAAAACAUGGGAACGCCUUGAUUUAACCGACACGCGCGGCGCUUCGACCCCACAGCUUCUCGAGUCCCCGCCAGUUGGCCAGUCACACCGCGGAGCGUCUCGACUCACACGACGUCGACGAUGGAUUCACUCGAUGGAUUGAUGAUGAUGAUGACGUACAAUGAUGUCAAAUGAGUCGUCAGCCACAUUACCUAAAUGUGAAGAGCAGAUUGUUAGUCACCUCAGAUCUCCAUGGUAACGACAGGUGACAACACUACAUGUCCCAGAAUCCCUUGUGAGAGACUCCUCUUCUCCCUCCCUCGUCCGUGUUGCUGCCCUCCGUUGGUUGGAUGAGUCCCAAGCAGCGACAGAACUGUGAGCAGUGAUUGGGCGCUGAGUCGGACCGGGUAGCCAACGGGAAGCCAGGCUCAUCAUGGCGGACGUGGACCCCGACACGCUGCUGGAGUGGCUGCAGAUGGGUCAGGGCGACGAGCGCGACAUGCAGCUCAUCGCCCUGGAGCAGCUCUGCAUGCUGCUGCUCAUGUCGGACAACGUGGACCGCUGCUUCGAGACCUGUCCUCCUCGGACGUUCCUCCCGGCGCUCUGCAAGAUCUUCCUGGACGAGAGUGCCCCGGACAACGUGCUGGAGGUCACGGCCAGAGCCAUUACGUACUACCUGGACGUGUCGGCGGAGUGCACCCGGAGGAUCGUGGGCGUGGACGGGGCCAUCAAGGCCCUCUGCAACCGGCUGGUGGUGGUGGAGCUCAACAACAGGACCAGCAGAGACCUGGCCGAGCAGUGUGUGAAGGUCCUGGAGCUGAUCUGUACCCGUGAGUCGGGCGCGGUAUUCGAGGCCGGCGGUCUGAACUGCGUGCUGAGCUUCAUCCGGGACAGCGGCCACCUGGUGCACAAGGACACGCUGCACUCCGCCAUGUCCGUGGUGUCGCGGCUCUGCAGCAAGAUGGAGCCGCAGGACUCGUCCCUGGAGACCUGUGUGGAGUCCCUGUCCAGCCUCCUGAAGCACGAGGACCACCAGGUGUCGGACGGGGCUCUGCGCUGCUUCGCCUCAUUGGCCGACAGGUUCACCCGCCGCGGCGUGGACCCUGCCCCUUUGGCCAAACACGGGCUGACGGAGGAGCUGCUGUCCCGCAUGGCGGCCGCCGGCGGCACGGCGUCGGGCCCCGCCUCCUCCUGCAAACCCAGCCGCACCUCGGCGGGCGCCGCCCCCUCGGUGCCGGACUCCAAGCUCAGCAACCAGGUGUCGACCAUCGUCAGCCUGCUGUCCACGCUGUGCCGCGGCUCGCCGCUCGUCACACACGACCUGCUCCGCUCGGCGCUGCCGGACUCCAUGGAGUCGGCUUUGGGGGGAGACGAGCGCUGCGUGCUGGACACCAUGCGGCUGGUGGACCUCCUGCUGGUCCUCCUGUUCGAGGGCCGCAAGGCGCUCCCCAAGUCCACCGCCGGUUCCACCGGGAGGAUCCCUGGCCUGAGGCGCCUGGACUCCUCCGGGGAGAGAUCUCACCGCCAGCUCAUAGAUUGCAUCCGCAGCAAGGACACCGACGCACUCAUAGACGCCAUCGACACCGGAGCCUUCGAGGUGAACUUCAUGGACGACGUUGGACAGACGCUCCUCAACUGGGCCUCAGCCUUCGGAACGCAGGAGAUGGUGGAGUUCCUGUGUGAGAGAGGAGCCGACGUCAACAGAGGUCAGAGGUCAUCGUCACUGCACUACGCGGCCUGUUUCGGACGCCCACAAGUAGCCAAGACUCUGCUGCGUCAUGGAGCUAACCCUGACCUGAGAGACGAGGACGGGAAGACUCCUCUAGACAAGGCCCGAGAGAGAGGCCACAGUGAGGUGGUGGCUAUCCUGCAGUCUCCUGGAGACUGGAUGUGUCCCGUGAACAAAGGAGACGACAAGAAGAAGAAGGACGUGAACAAGGAGGAGGAGGAGGGCGGCGAGCCCAGAGGAGACCCCGAGAUGGCGCCCAUCUACCUGAGGAGGCUGCUGCCCGUGUUCGCCCAGACCUUCCAGCAGACCAUGCUGCCCUCCAUCAGGAAGGCCAGCCUGGCCCUCAUCAGGAAGAUGGUCCACUACAGCAGUGACGUGCUGCUGAAGGAGGUGUGUGACAGCGAGACAGGACACCACCUCCCCACCGUGCUGGUGGAGAUCACUGCUACUGUGCUGGACCAGGAGGAGGACGACGACGGCCACCUGCUGGCUCUGCAGAUCAUCAGAGACCUGGUGGACAAGGGAGGAGACGUGAUCCUGGAUCAGCUGGCCCGACUGGGGGUCAUCAACAAGGUCUCCACGCUGGCCGGGCCCGCCUCCGACGACGAGAACGAGGACGAGGCCAAGCCCGAGAAGGAGGAGGAGGCGCAGGAGGACGCCAGGGAGGUGCAGCAGGGCAAGCCGUACCACUGGAAGGACUGGUCCAUCAUCCGGGGGAGGGACUGCCUCUACAUCUGGUCCGACGCCGCCGCCUUGGAGCUCUCCAACGGCUCCAACGGCUGGUUCAGGUUCAUCCUGGACGGGAAGCUGGCCACCAUGUACUCCAGUGGGAGUCCAGAGGGGGGGUCGGACAGCUCAGAGUCCCGCAGUGAGUUCCUGGAGAAGCUCCAGCGGGCCCGGGGCCAGGUGAAGCCGGUGACAUGCAGCCAGCCCAUCCUCUCGGUGGUGGGCCCCAGCAAGCUGACGGUGGGGAACUGGUCCCUGACCUGCCUGAAGGACGGGGAGCUGGCCAUCCACAACUCUGACGGGCAGCAGGCCACCAUCCUGAAGGAGGACCUGCCCGGCUUCGUAUUCGAGUCCAACCGCGGCACCAAGCACUCGUUCACCGCCGAGACGUCGCUGGGCUCCGAGUUUGUGACGGGCUGGACGGGCAAGAGGGGCCGCAAGCUCAAGUCCAAGCUGGAGAAGACAAAGCAGAAGGUGAAGGGCACGGCCCGCGAGCUGUACGACGACCACUUCAAGGCCGUGGAGAGCAUGCCGCGCGGCGUGGUGGUCACCCUGAGGAACAUCUCCACGCAGCUGGAGUCGGCCUGGGAGCUGCACACCAACAGACAGUGCAUGGAGGGGGAGAACACCUGGAGGGAUCUGAUGAAGACGGCCCUGGAGAACCUGAUUGUGGUGCUGAAGGACGAGAACACCAUCUCCCCCUACGAGAUGUGCAGCAGUGGGCUGGUCCAGGCUCUGUUCAACGUGCUCAACAACAGCAUGGACCUGGACAUGAAGCACGACUGUAAGCCGCUCAUGGAGAGGAUCGACGUCUUCAAGGCGGCUUUCAGCGAGAAUGAGGACGAUGAAAGCCGACCGGCCGUCGCCUUGAUCCGCAAGCUCAUCGCCGUCCUGGAGUCCAUUGAACGCCUCCCUCUGCACCUGUACGACAUGCCGGGCUCCACUUACAACCUGCAGAUCUUGACCCGGAGGCUCCGGUUCCGGCUAGAGAGAGCUCCCGGUGAGACGGCUCUGAUCGACCGGACGGGCCGCAUGCUGAAGAUGGAGCCGCUGGCCACCGUGGAGUCUCUGGAGCAGUACCUGCUGAAGAUGGUGGCGAAGCAGUGGUACGACUUUGAGCGUUCGUCCUUCGUCUUUGUGAGGAAGCUGAGGGAGGGUCAGACCUUCACCUUCAGACACCAGCACGACUUUGACGAGAACGGACUCAUCUACUGGGUCGGCACCAACGCCAAGACGGCUUAUGAGUGGGUUAACCCCGCUGCCUAUGGCCUGGUGGUGGUGACGUCAUCAGAGGGGCGGAACCUUCCCUACGGCCGCCUGGAGGACAUCCUGAGUCGGGAUAGCUCCGCCCUCAACUGCCACACCAAUGACGACAAGAACGCCUGGUUCGCCGUGGACCUCGGCCUCUGGGUCAUUCCCUCAGCAUACACCCUGAGACACGCCAGGGGUUAUGGCCGCUCCGCCUUGAGGAACUGGGUGUUUCAGGUGUCGAAGGACGGUCAGAACUGGACGACUCUCUACACCCACAUAGACGACUGCAGCCUGAACGAGCCGGGGUCCACGGCCACGUGGCCUCUGGACCCGUCCCGGGAGGAGAAGCAGGGGUGGAGACACGUCCGCAUCAAGCAGAUGGGGAAGAACGCCAGCGGCCAGACGCACUACCUGUCCCUGUCGGGCCUGGAGCUGUACGGCACCGUGACCGCCGUGUGUGAGGACCAGCUGGGUAAAGCUGUGAAGGAGGCGGAGGCCAACCUGCGCCGGCAGCGCCGCCUGUUCCGCUCCCAGGUGAUGAAGUACAUCGUGCCCGGGGCGCGGGUCGUCCGUGGCAUCGACUGGAAGUGGCGCGACCAGGACGGCAACCCGUCAGGAGAGGGCGCCGUCACCGGGGAGGCGCACAACGGCUGGAUUGAUGUGUCCUGGGACUCCGGCGGCUCUAAUUCUUACCGUAUGGGCGCUGAAGGGAAGUUUGACCUGAGGCUCGCUCCAGGGUACGACCCUGAGUCGGCUGCCUCAGCGCCGUCACCCAACCCUGUCUCAUCCACUGUUUCAGGCCCCGCCUCCUCCACGGUGGGACCCUCCGUGACGCCGGCGGCCAGCGGCGGCACCACCACCACCACCUCGUCCUCGUCGUCCUCCACGUCGUCUUCCUCGCAGCAGCAGUCGUGGAGCAGCCUAGUGAAGAACAACUGCCCCGAUAGGGGCGGGGCGGCGGCGCUGGGCAGCAGGAAGGGCAGCAGCAGCUCCGUCUGCAGCGUGGCGUCCUCCUCCGACAUCAGCCUCGGCUCGUCCGCCGGGCCGCCGGGCGCCGGCGGCCUGCGUCUGGAGAGGCGGGCAGAGGGGCUGCUCCUGGACCAGGGCCCCGGGGCAGGGGGGGCGGCGGGGCUCGGCUCCGACGGACACCAGCAAGAACCCUUCGUGGUGCUGUCCUCCGCGGUGGAGGGCGGGUCCGGCUCGUUCGCCGCGGGCACGCCGCCCCCUGGCAAGGACGCCAGGAACAAGGUCUCAUCCUCCGACCCGGCUGCGACCAUCUCCAUGGGGCUGGUGAGCGUGAGCUCGCCUGACGUCAGCUCAGUGUCGGACCUGUCUGGCAAAGACGCCCCUUCCCAGAGGCCGCUGUGCUCGGCGGCGAAAGUGCGACUGUCCGUCAGCUCGCUGCUGGCCGCCGGCGCCCCCAUGAGCUCCAGCGCCAGCGUGCCCAACCUGUCGUCCCGGGAGGCGAGCCUCAUGGAGUCCUUCGUGCGCCGCGCACCCAACAUGUCGCGCACCAAUGCCACCAACAACAUGAACCUGAGCCGCAGCAGCAGUGACAACAACACCAACACACUGGGCCGCAACGUCAUGAGCACCGCCACUUCUCCUCUCAUGGGCGCCCAGAGCUUUCCUAACCUCACCUCCACGGGCACCACCUCCACCGUUACCAUGUCAACCUCCAUAGUAACCAGCAGCAAUAACGUUGCCACAGCCACCACAAGCCUGUCGGUGGGCCAGUUGCUAAGCAACACGCUGACCACCAGCCUGACGUCCACGUCCAGCGAGAGCGACACGGGGCAGGAGGCGGAGUUCUCCCUCUAUGACUUCCUGGACAGUUGCCGUGCCAACACGCUAUUGGCCGAGCUGGACGACGAGGAGGACCUCCCCGAGCCCGACGACGAUGACGACGAGAACGAGGACGACAACCAGGAGGACCAGGAGUACGAGGAGGUCCUGGUAAUACCCCGUCUGCCACGCCCGGAGGACGCCACGCAGCGGCGCCACGCACAGGAAGUGAUGCGUGUGUGUGUGUGUCAGGAGGAGGAGGAGUACGAGACCAAAGGCGGUCGCAGGAGGACGUGGGACGACGACUUCGUCCUCAAGAGACAGUUCUCUGCUCUGGUUCCAGCCUUCGACCCCAGACCAGGCAGAACCAACGUACAGCAGACCACCGACCUGGAGAUACAUCAGCCAGGAACUCCUCGCUCCGAGGUGCAGGAGGAGGUGGAGUGUGCUCCGUCUCCUCGCCUGUCGCUCACCCUGAAGGUGGCAGGUCUGGGCACCACCCGGGAGGUGGAGCUUCCUCUCUCCAACUACAAGUCCACCAUCUUCUACUACGUCCAGAGGCUGCUGCAACUCUCCUGCAGCGGGGCCGUGAAGACAGACAAGCUGCGGCGCAUCUGGGAGCCCACCUACACGAUCAUGUACAGGGAGCUGAAGGACUCUGACAAAGAGAAGGAGAGUGGCAAGAUGGACGUGUGUGAACACGGUCUUUCUAGCGGUCGCUCCGGCGGCCUGAGCCCCGGCUCGGGCUCGGCCAAUCAGAGCAGCGAGAUCCUGUGCAUUGCCCGGGAGAUGGCGCAGGCGAAGGCCGGCUGCAGCCAGAACGCCUGCGGAGUAGAGGACGUCCUGCAGCUGCUGCGCAUCCUGUACAUCAUCGGGGGGGACGGGACCCCCACACACACACUGCAGGAGGACUUUGAGGAACUGCAGUUCAACGCGUCUCCAGAGGAGUUCACCAGUAAGAAGAUCACCACCAAGAUCCUGCAGCAGAUCGAGGAGCCUCUGGCCCUGGCCAGUGGCGCUCUGCCUGACUGGUGCGAGCAGCUGACCUCCAAGUGUCCGUUCCUCAUCCCCUUCGAGACGCGGCAGCUCUACUUCACCUGCACGGCCUUCGGAGCCUCCAGGGCCAUCGUGUGGCUCCAGAACCGGCGCGAGGCGACCAUGGAGCGGUCCCGGCCCUCCACCACGGUGCGGCGGGACGACCCCGGAGAGUUCCGGGUUGGCCGGCUCAAACACGAGAGGGUCAAGGUACCGCGAGGGGAGGCCAUGAUGGAGUGGGCAGAGUCUGUCAUGCAGCUGCACGCCGACAGGAAGUCCGUACUGGAGGUGGAGUUCCAGGGCGAGGAAGGCACCGGUCUGGGCCCGACUCUGGAGUUCUACGCUCUGGUGGCUGCCGAGUUCCAGAGGACGUCUCUGGGCAUCUGGCUGUGUGACGACGACUUCCCCGACGACGAGUCCCGCCAGGUGGAUCUGGGCGGCGGCCUGAAGCCCCCCGGGUUCUACGUGCAGCGCUCCUGCGGCCUGUUCCCGGCGCCGUUCCCCCAGGACAGCGAGGAGCUGGAGCGCGUGGCCAAGCUGUUCCACUUCCUGGGCGUGUUCCUGGCCAAGUGCAUCCAAGACAACCGGCUGGUGGACCUGCCGGUGUCCCAGCCCUUCUUCAAGCUGCUGUGCAUGGGGGACAUCAAGUCCACCAUGAGCAAGCUGCUGUACCACAGCCGGGGCUCGCCGCCGCCUGACCGGCCGCCGCACCUGCAGCCCUUCCUGCUGCUGUCGGAGGCCUCCACCGAAGAGACCCAGGAGAGCCAGGAGAGCCAGGAGACCUACUCCGUGGGCAGCUUCGACGAGGACUCCAAGUCAGAGUUCAUCAUGGACCCCCCGAAGCCCAAACCGCCCGCCUGGUACCACGGCAUCCUCACCUGGGACAGCUUCCAGCUGGUCAACCCACACAGGGCGAGCUUCCUGAAGGAGCUGAAGGAGCUGGCGGUGAAGAGGAGGCAGAUCCUGUCCAGUAAGAGUUUAUGUGAAGAUGAGAAGAACACCAGACUUCAGGACCUGAUGCUGAGGAACCCUCUGGGAUCUGGACCGCCCCUCAGCAUCGAGGACCUCGGGUUGAACUUCCAGUUCUGUCCGUCCUCGAAGGUCCACGGCUUCUUGGCUAUGGACCUGAAACCAAACGGAGACGACGAGAUGGUGACGAUGGAAAACGCCGAGGAGUACGUGGACCUGAUGUUUGACUUCUGUAUUCACACCGGGAUCCAGAAGCAGAUGGAGGCCUUCAGAGAGGGGUUCAACCGAGUCUUCCCAAUGGAGAAGUUGAGUUCUUUCAGCCACAAAGAGGUUCAGAUGAUUCUCUGUGGCAACCAAUCACCGUCCUGGACCGCUGAUGACAUCAUCAACUACACAGAGCCCAAGCUGGGCUUCACCAGAGACAGCCCUGGCUUCACGCGCUUCGUGCGGGUUCUGUGUGGGAUGUCGUCUGACGAGCGGAAGGCGUUCCUCCAGUUCACCACCGGCUGCUCCACGCUGCCCCCUGGUGGCCUCGCCAACCUGCACCCCCGCCUCACCAUCGUCAGGAAGGUGGACGCCACCGACUCCAGCUACCCAUCGGUGAACACCUGCGUCCACUACCUGAAGCUGCCCGAGUAUUCCUCCGAGGACAUCAUGAGGGAGCGGCUGCUCGCCGCCACCAUGGAGAAAGGCUUCCACCUCAACUGACCUCUGACCUCCCCGAGCAUGCUCCUCAAGGUCGCCUCCCAUUGGCAGCCGCUGGAGGAGGAGGAGCUCAGUUUGAAAGAAGAAGCUCACAUCCUUAACGUUCCUCGCCUCCUUCCCUUGUGUCCUCGUCGCCUUCAUCCUCACCUGAGCUGCUGUGUGUGUGUGUGUGUGUGUGUGUGUGUUGACCUUCCUCCUCCUCCUCAGUUUAGUGCCUGGUUUGACUCUAGCUUGUUUUUGGCUCCUCCUCUUUUAGUUUUUACUUCCUGCUUUGUGUUGUUUGGCUGCAGAGGUCAAAGGUCACAUGGACACUGUUGUGUUUGAGGCACAUGAAAGAACCGCGCUCCCUCUUGUAUUUUCUUUGUAUAUUAUUAUAAACAUUUAUUUAACUCAAGUUGCAGUUUGAGGUAAAACAGAUAUUUUCAAAUGUGUAAGCUCCAAAAAAAAAGAAUCAUUAAAAUGUUUGCAAAGUA